AUGUUCCUCUUCCUGUUCGUGCUCCCCGCCCUCAGCUCGGCGACCAACUACGGAGCCGUGCACGUGAGCGGACUCCUCUUUUGCAACGGAACGCCGUACGUCAACGAGAAAAUCGAGUUGUACGAGAAGAAUUAUGGUACGCGGGAAAGUGUGGAAUUCAGAGAACGACAAUAUAAUUGCAGCUCUCCCAGACAACAAACUUUUCACUGCACGGACUGACAGUCAAGGCAAUUUCUCGGUGAAAGCCUCCGGAAAUGACUGGGUAAAGUUCCAAGUGGUCCUGAGAAGAAAACAAACUGAACGUUUAGUUGUUCAAACCGCAAGUCUACGUCUAUAUUCCGAACUACUGUGUGGACGUCGUGGAGAGCUCGUACUUGGAGUGCGGGCACACCGUUCGCAUCUACAUUCCCGAUUUGUUGUCUCCGAUGGGAACAUCCCCAAAACGGUAAUUUUAUUGAACGUCAUCGACGAUUCGCCCUUUUCAGACGUUCGACCUGGAAGUGGUCGAGUUGUCCGAAGCUCAAACAGAGCACGUUGGGCUCGAGAAAGUCGUCUUUUCCUAUUUCCGCCACUCGGAGUGCAGAGAGAAGAAGAAGAAGAGCUGAUUGAAUUCUGAUAUAAAGUUGUUCCGAAAGUUUCUAUUAUGAAAAUGCGCAAUUCUAGUUUGUUUUCGUUAACGUGAACCCUAGUACCCUCAUGAUUGAUCCACGUAAUCCCCAGAUGGAACAUUUGAACCAAAUAAACAGUUCCAGUUGAAAAUCCAAGUGCUAAAUUGGACUCCGAAGAGACGAGGCGGAAUGAAAGAGGUAUUCAACGGGAAGAGUUUUCGAGCACUCUCUCUCUCUCUCUCUUCAGAUUCUUCUCCUGCUGCUCCUUGUGCCGAUUCUGUGCUCGGCGCGACAGUACGGUGCCGUCCACGUACGCGGACAACUUUUGUGCGACGGAAAGCCGUACGCCAACGAGAAGGUCCAACUUCACGAGAAGAACUACGGUAGUUGCGGCGCCGCAAUAUCUACCGGAGGGUGCAUUAUGUAGGGUUUUCAAGGGAUUUCACGACGUUUGAAUUUGGCCAGAUUAACCGCAGUAGCAACCUGCCGAAUCGAAUCAACGAGCUUCGAUUCGCAGCAGCGCGCGUUUUUAAUACUCGAAGAUGAGACGCUUUAGUAGAUCUCAUCACGUUUUUUGUGAUCUAGAACUUACUUACUAACUAAUCUAGCUGAAUUUCAGCACUCAUGUAAGAAAAUGUAAAUCAUAGAUUAUAUGAAGCUUCUACUUCAGCUCAACAGAACGACAAUACACAUAAACCUCUCUGCCGGAUUCUCAUAGUACUCGCGGGCGUCCUUUUUUUUUAAAGAUAAUACAUCUGCUUCCAGGACGCUAAGCUGAACAGUAGGUGCUUUUUUCGCUCGUCUCGAAUUGCGUCUACCUUUUCGCUGUCGCUCAUUUCUAACGGAAAAAUCCAAAAUUUUGAUAAAAAAGGCUUUCACGUGAGAAUAAAAAAAUCGUGUCGUGUGCUACGCGUCUCUGGUCAAAAACCCUUUUGCACCGUCCGGUAGAUUUAUGGGACCCGCGGUAGUCGAGUGGACGAUCCGCCCCGAAGUCAUUGACACUUUUAGUUAUGACUGACGGCACCGUCGCCAUCUCCGAAACGGACGAUCAGGGAUUCUUCUCGGUGAAGGCGUCCGCCAGUGACUUGGUAAAAGAUUCCAAACAGUGCUCCUAACAAUUAACUUGAUAAUUUCAGUUCACAAAGCCCAAAUUCUACCUCUACUUUGUCAAUUUCUGCUCGUCUAAACUGGCUGAGGUGAGCGUUUUCAAAGCAAUGCAAAAAAAAUGGGAGUCAUUCAGAGUACGUACAUGGAGUGCGGGUAUACGAUCCGAGUGUACAUUCCGGAGAUGUACGUGGCCGAGGGAAACAUCCCAAAGGCGGUGUUCAACAUGGAACAGAUCGAGAUCGCGACGGCGAAAACCGAAUACGCCGGACUCGAGCGCAUCAUUCAUCCGACAUUAUCGCAUUCCGAGUGCCGCGAGAAGAAGAGAAAGCCGUGA